AUGUCCACCGAGCUCGCGCCCGCCGUGCGACGCGCCCUCGCGCGCGUGGUGCAAGGCAAGGCGCGCCGCGGUCUGUUCGCGGGUAAACACAUCAAAUUCGGCAACAACGUGAGCGAGGACGGGGGCAACAAAACUCGCCGUCGAUGGCUUCCGAACGCGCAAAAGAAGCGAGUGUACAGCGAACUCCUGGAGGAGAUGAUCCCGAUGCGCGUCACCGCGCACGCGCUCCGCUGCAUGGACAAAGCCGGCGGGUUGGACGAGUACAUCUUGCGCACGCGCGAUCAAGAUUUAAAGAGCGUGUUCGCGUUGGAGUUGAAGGAGCGUUUGAAAGCGGCGAAGUCGGCCAUCGACUCCGCGACGGCGCCGAGCGCGCCGUGA